UCCGGAACGCACCAAUACUUUUGUUUUCCGUACAGAAUUUCACAUAAUAGUAUUUCCAUCGCGUAUACUGUGUGCAAUUGUGGAUCUAGAAUCUAGUAGAUAGGCCUACAAACGUGGACAUGCCUUUUUAUUUCCGAUGUGUUAAAGUUAUACAUUUCUCGUACAAAUGUUGGGUGUUGUGUGCUUUUCUUAUGGAAAUUUAGCGCGUAUAAACAUGUAUCAACAUAAUUAACGCUUCUAAUACCAGCUGGGUAGCACAGUGUCUCAUAUUAUAAUAGAGUACAUCGACAUAUUUUCGUAACGUUUGCGGUUAGACAUGCAAUAAUGCACCCAAAGACACUUGGAAUAGUAUCAUUCUUCCUAAAGUGAAGCAUUCCCCCAUUCGUUUCUUGGAAUACUGUAUAAUGUUGUUGGUUGGUGCAGUUUUCUUCAUGAAAUGACAUCAUGGCUAUAUUUGACUUGUUUUGAAAUUGCGCUCUUCCGCUUCGAAUCUAGAAGGUCGCCAGGCCGUCUCCAGCAUAUUAUAUGGACGUAGUUUUUACUUUUCGAGUCAAUUCCCUCAGUGGAAUGCAUAAUAUUCUCUCUUUAAUAUAUGAAAGGACACAUGAAUGAAUGUAGAUCAACAACUGUGUUGAGAUUAUAUAUACUUGGACAGUGCUUGCUAAGGCGGUUUUGCUUAUCAUUAUUAUCACAUGAAGGCGGUUUUGCAUAUCAUAAUAUCACGUGAAGGCGGUUUUGCAUAUCAUAAUAUCACGUGAGAGGAGAAGCGAGGUGUAGAUCUGGAGCGAUGUUCCUGAGUGCUCUGCACUCGUUUGAUGAAGACGACGGUGUAGGCGCCAGGUGGGGCACGACGAGUCAGGCAGGCCCGUGGUCUACGCCAACUUCGCCCAGGCCUCCACUCACAAGAACUCCGUGGAUGACGUCAUCGGUCACGUGACGUACCUGAUCGAGAACGCCAAGGCCACCAUGGCGCCCGGCUCCUCCACCUGGGUCUUCGUCAUCGACUGCACAGAUGCGGCUCGUGAGGUCGGAGAGCAAAAUCCGCCAAGCGUUCAGCACGUUCUUCCCGGACGACCUCUCCGCCUGGCUCCUGGACGAGAUCGCCCUCAACCGCCAGAAGCCCCUCCCCCAAGGUCAGCAAGAGUUCUGGAACCCGCCCCCAGAGCCCUCCACGCAUGACCCUCGCGGCUGCCCUUCUUACGUACGCAACUAUCUCAACGGGUUUUCCCGUCGCAGCUCUGCUCUGGUUCCGGGUCAGCCAAAACCGCACCUGCCCCACCCCAAUAUCGUAGACUCGCUGGGGUCGAGGGUCAAGGCCGUGUCCUUGAACCCUGAAGAAGAGGCGGAGAGGGCCGAGGCGAUAGCAGCGUCGGCGGAUUCCUACAGUGCGAGUAGCGGAGAGGACGAUCUGGAUGAUUCUAACGAUGAGGUAGACGCGGAUGUCUACAACGAUGAGAAUAAUGAGAAAAACUGUCCUUCAGAGAUUGAGGGUUUGUCUGGUGAUGGGAGAAGUGGGAGUGCCGGUCGAGUGGUGGCGCCCCCCAUGGCGUCUAAAAAUAGCGUUCUACAGUGAAAGUUUGGUUGUUGGUGAUUUCUCAUAUCAAUACAUUCAGUGGUACAGACUG